AUGUUAACCUAUGCUAACUAUGCAUGGGUUCACUAUUACUCAGGGAACAUGGAUGAUGUGGAUGCCUACCUUUUGAAAGCUGGAAAACAUCAAUAAGGGUAUUACGAGUGCCUCAAAGAUUCAAGGCAGCUUACCUUCAAUACAUGGUGAGAAAGGUUGGAGCCUUAUCAGGCUUGGCGGAUAAUUUUACAAGAGGGUAAAAGAUAGCUUUCAGAAAGCUCUUAAGGGGGAACCAGACAAUGCAUCCUUCAAUGUGGGCUAUGCCAUUGUCCUGUACGGGUUGGAGGGCAUGGUCAGUGAUAAGAGAGUAAAGUCAGUGAUGACUGCAGGUGCCAACCAGCUAAGGAAGGCCUUAUCCUUGGAGCCAGAUAACUCUGAGGUUAUGGUCCUUCUAGCCCUGAACCUUCAAAAAGAUUCCCCCAAAGAUAAACAAGAGGCCAUGAAACUCAUCAAAGAGGCCCCCAGACCAGUCUCCUGA